AUGGAUGAGAAUGAAAAUGUCAAGUCGACGCAUCUUGUAGUUUGUGUGCAUGGAUUAUGGGGUAACCCUGGACAUUUACAAUAUCUUGUUGACCAGCUGAUAAAAAAACACGGAAAUUCGAUUAAUAUUUCGUCAUAUACGUUUGAUGGCAUUGAUAUUUGUGGAGAUCGCCUAGUCGAGGAGAUCAAAGAAAAAAUAAAAAGUCUAAAAGAAGAUGGUAUAAAAAUUACGAAAUUCUCAAUCAUAGGAUAUUCGCUCGGAGGCUUAUUUUCACGAUAUGCAAUUGGUAUUCUUUACAAACAAGGAAUAUUUGAUGAAAUACAACCUUGGCUUUUUACUACUUUUGCUACACCACAUUUGGGCACAAUAUCAAAUGUACAGAGAACAAUACCGAAAUUUAUUAACUGGGCUUCGCCGCGGAUUCUAUCAAAAACUGGUGAACAAUUCGCAUGGAUUGAUAAAUACGAUGGAAAUACUCCAAUACUUUCAGUGAUGUCCGAUCCGGAUCGCAUGUUUUUUAAGGCGCUCAAGUUAUUCCAGUAUAGGAAAAUUUAUGCAAAUAUUUUGAAUGAUAAUACGGUGCCUUAUUGGACUGCGGCAAUUGAAGAAAUCGAUCCUUUUGAGGAAUUUGAUCAAUUAUCUCUAUUAAAAAACGAAAAAUGUGAUGUUAUUAUCGAUAAAAUAUCACUUAAAGAAGAUGAAAAGAAUACGAUUUUUAAAAAAGCAAAAGAUACACUAAAGUAUCUUUUAGUUGCGUUAGUGGCCCCAAUUGUGGUUCCUAUAUGGCUUAUUACUGUUGUUGGUUCUGUCUACGUGCAAGCAAUGAUUUCACAAAGACGAGUGCAAAAAAUCACUCAGAAUCGAAUUAAGUAUGAUGUUAAUGAAGAACAAACACAAUUUUUACCAAACAUAGCAUCGAAUAUAGAGCAAGAGAACAUCGAAGCAAUGGCUAAUAUGUUAUCAUCUGAAAAAUCAGUAACCUCAGAAUCAUCGUCAUCCGGAUCAACUUCAGCCGGAGCCUAUAAUUCUAUUAAUACAUUAAUAUACGAGCACAAUUUCCCAAAAGUGCCAUCGAUUGAUGAACAACGCGAAGCCUGUAAAAAUUUAAACAAGCUACCGUUACAAAAGUACGCGGUGUAUAUGAAUGGGUUUAAUUCGCACGCGGAAAUUGUUGUACGAAAUAAGUUCUAUAAUUUUAUGAACGGAAAGAACGGAAAAAAGCUUAUAAAGCAUUUUGUGGAAGAAAGCUUUGUUGUGUAA